GGGGUUGACUCCGUGUAGUGUGUGGGCUGUUGAUUUGUUUUCGUUGGUGUGAUGGCAGUGGGUUCGGUGUCCGAUGGGGAUUUGCAACGCGCCUGCCACGUUUCAGCGGGCUAUGAAUGUGACAUUCCAGAACUUCGUCAACAAGAUGCGGCUAACUCAAGGGAUGAUUAACUUCUGCGUCAUCGUGUACAUGGACGACAUCCUGGUCUACUCAAAAACCUAUCAUGGGCAUGCACAACACAUCGAGUGGACGUUGGGAGCUCUGAGAGAUGUUGGGUUCAAGAUCGCGCUUGAGAAGAGCGAGUUUUUCCUCUCGGAAAUCUCGUUCUUGGGUUACGUGGUGACACGUGGAGGACUACGGCCAGAUUCGAGGAAGGUCGCGGCGGUGAAAGACGCCCCUGUUCCUACGUCACUAACGCAGGAGUACGAUUUCGACAUCAUCCAUCGAAAGACGGAGAGGCACGGCAACGCGGAUGGGAUGACACGUCUGCAUCGACCAGCUAAGUGUGACGAAAGCCCAGUCCCGCACGUCCUUUCACGAACACUAAUGCCCUAUCUGCAGUGGUCGGCUUGUCUUGAAGAGCAGGGAGGGAACAACAACCCGCCAUCGCAAGCCGAGUACCUGAACCCGCGAAGGAUAAUUGACAUCUCCUUCUUCCAGCCUCACACAACCUCCGAAGAUGAAGUACUAACGUUGGAGGAGGAAGAAGAAGAGAACGAAGAAGAGGAUGACGAGGAAGAAGAAGAAGAAACCCCAGAAGAAGGGAGUUACAGCGAGCAUAGCGAGGGAGAGCAGAGCAAAGAAGAAGAAGAAGAGGACGAGGAGCAAGAGGAGUCUGAGUGGGAAAUUUUGGGGGAGGAGGCGAGCCACACAGAGGCCCGAGAGGAAGAUCCAGGGGUGACGGCGAGGCGCAGAGAAGAGAUUGCAGCCAGUAAGCAGCCGCUAGGGUACGCGAGCGGAACGGAUCUGCCAACCUCAGACGAUCCGACCAAGGAUCCGGAGCCGCCCAAGCCAGAGGAUGGGGGCCCUGCUGCCGAGACUUCGAGCGCACCGGCCAGGCAGUGGCGAAGCGGAUCCCCCUCCCCCUCCACCUCCACCCGUCCGACAGGCCUUUCGGUGAGGAGAGAAGAUUUGUGCUACCGGCUCCUCCUUUGCUUUACGAUGUCGAAGGGAAGCUUGGCUGUGCUGGCUGUGGAUAUCAAGGAGUCGACCGACCGAUAAGGCCGACCGGUAGCUUGUGGCGACCAACAGUUACCGCCAGUUGUAAUCGGUCGCCGCUCGCAAGGAAAGGCUCGUUUCUGUGAAGAGCGACGGCUGCCCGGGAAUCGCUCACCAGCGAGAGAGAGUCGUUAUUCAAAAUUUGAAAAAGAGAGAGAGAGAGAGAGAGAGAGAGAGAGAGAGAGAGAGAGAGAGAGAGAGAGAGAGAGAGAGAGAGAGAGAGAGAGUGGUCGCAAGGAAGGCUCCAUCUGAGAAGAACGACGACUGACCGGGAAUCACUCACCAGCGAGAGAUUGUCGUUAUUCAAGAAUUGACGCUAGAGAGAGAGAGAGAGAGAGAGAGAGAGAGAGAGAGAGAGAGAGAGAGUUGAGGAGGAGAUAAACUGAAGAGACAACGAGGUGACUAAUUUGAAUAGAUCACAAUCGAAGGAAGAGGAAGCAGCAGAGGAGCGGGUUGGGUGGUGUGGAGGUGUUGGUGGUGGUGGUGGUCCCCACCACAUAAGCCCAUCGAAAGCUCCGGCGAUGGCGUCCAAGCGCAUCCUGAAGGAGUGGAAGGACCUGCAGAAAGAUCCUCCCACCUCGUGCAGCGCAGGUAUAAUUCCGUUUUCCACCGU